CACACCUAACUUAUAAACCAAAGCCCAUAAACUCACAACUGCCUUUCCAAAAACAAACCCUAGGCCCAUACCAUCCCUGUAUAAAUAAAAACUCCAUCACCUUAAAAAACCCUAGAUAUCCAGUCUCAUCAGCCACCAGAAUGUCGAAGCGAGGGAGAGGAGGGUCGGCAGGUAACAAGUUUAGGAUGUCACUGGGUCUACCGGUGGCAGCUACGGUGAAUUGUGCCGAUAAUACGGGUGCCAAGAAUCUGUACAUCAUUUCGGUUAAGGGAAUUAAAGGAAGGUUGAAUAGGUUGCCUUCAGCUUGUGUUGGUGAUAUGGUGAUGGCUACUGUUAAGAAGGGUAAACCCGAUCUCCGUAAGAAGGUUAUGCCUGCUGUCAUAGUUAGGCAACGCAAGCCUUGGCGCCGAAAGGAUGGUGUCUUUAUGUACUUUGAAGAUAAUGCUGGUGUCAUUGUGAAUCCGAAGGGAGAGAUGAAAGGGUCUGCUAUUACUGGUCCAAUUGGGAAGGAGUGUGCUGACUUGUGGCCUAGGAUUGCCAGCGCAGCUAAUGCAAUUGUCUAGGGUGCUUUAGUUUAUCUUCUUGAAUCUGUUGUGGACAAUUUGGCUAGGUUAAACUGUAUCUUUGUUUUCUUGCUUAUUCACAAGUUGCCUAGUUAUCAAAAUUUUUGUGUUUGUCAGUUCUUUUCAUGGACUGGUGUUAGAUUGGAUAUUGGAAUAUACUUUGGCCUAAACUAUGAAGUUUUAUUUUCUUUUA